AUGGAAGCCGCCGAGGCCGGGCCGGGCCCGCAGCCGGAGCUCGACGAGGACGAGGCGGCGUAUGGCCGGCGCUGGGGCGCGCAGCACGCCGGGGCCCGCGAGCUGGCCGCGCUCUACUCGCCAGGCAAGCGCCUCCAGGAGUGGUGCUGUGUGGUCCUGUGUUUCGGCCUCAUUGCCCACAACUUGGUCCACCUCCUGCUGCUGGCCCGCUGGGAGCACACGCCCUCCGUGAUGCUGGGUGUCGUUGCAGGGGCUCUCAUCGCUGACUUCCUGUCUGGCCUGGUGCACUGGGGAGCCGACACGUGGGGUUCCGUGGAGCUGCCCAUUGUGGGGAAGGCGUUCAUCCGGCCGUUCCGGGAGCAUCACAUCGACCCAACGGCCAUCACACGUCAUGACUUCAUCGAGACCAACGGGGACAACUGCCUGGUGACGCUGCUGCCAUUGCUGAACAUGGCCUACCAGCUGCGCACCCAGAGCCCUGAAGCCCUGGAGCAGCUGUACGCCUGGGAAUGCUUCGUCUUCUGCCUGAUCAUCUUUGGCACCUUCACCAACCAGAUUCACAAGUGGUCACACACGUACUUUGGGCUGCCACGCUGGGUCGUCCUCCUGCAGGACUGGCAUGUCAUCCUGCCACGUAAACACCAUCGAAUCCACCACGUCUCACCCCACGAGACCUACUUCUGCAUCACCACAGGUUGGCUCAACUACCCUCUGGAGAAGAUGGGCUUCUGGAGACGCCUAGAGGACCUUAUCCAGGGCCUGACGGGCGAGAAGCCUCGGGCGGAUGACAUGAAAUGGGCCCAGAAGAUCAAGUAA